CUAAUAAUAAACAGAAAUGUCACUUCGUAUUGCUCCCGAUACAUACCAUGCAACUACCAAGAGCACGUUAAACACAACUCAUGCAGAAUAUGGUGGGCAUGAUGCUUUCCGUUUUGGUAUUCGUUCAAUCAAGAAUGAGGUCAUGCCAAAGCAUCCUCUUGAACAUAGAUUAAACAACUGGGAAGAGACACAAUGGGAGUUGAAACUGAACUUGGCACGUCAGGCAUAUGGUAUGCAUGCUCCGAUUAAGCUCAUGAUGGAAAGGAACAUUGUUGAAAAGCGUCAACGUGUACCUGUAAUGCCCUCUUCAAAUCUACACUUGGAUAUUUUGUUAGGCAAAGAUGAGACAAUUGACUAUGAAGACUUCCUUAACGAUCCUAGCUUAUCAACCGACUCUGUGGAUUUGCAUACAUUUAUGGAGCACAGGCUUAAAUUGUAAAUCAAUAAAUAAAAAGGCUUUAUUGCUUUUCAUCUACAGUACACAAGAGCACC